UGUGAGCUUGAGAGCUGCCAUAGACCCAUAAAACCCUAUCUGUCUCUCUCUUCCUCCCUCCCUCCCUCCCUCCCUCUCUCUCUCAUCAACUACUGAGAAACUUCAGGUGGGAAUUCAUGGCUUCCAAACUGGUUCAACUGCAAUCCAAGGCUUCCCAGGCCUCACAGUUCGUGGCCAAGCAUGGAUGUGCCUACUACAAGCAGCUGAUGGAGCAAAAUAAGCAGUACAUCCAGGAGCCGCCGACUGUGGAGAAAUGCAAUCUUUUGUCAAAACAAUUGUUCUACACUCGUCUUGCCAGUAUUCCUGGACGCUAUGAGGCCUUUUGGAAGGAACUUGAUUGUGUCAAGCAACUGUGGAAGAACAGGCAGGAGAUGAAGGUCGAGGAUGCAGGCAUUGCUGCUUUGUUUGGGCUGGAGUGCUUUGCCUGGUUUUGUGCUGGUGAGAUUGUAGGACGAGGAUUUACAUUCACUGGCUACUACGUCUAAGUAUUGUAUGAAGGAUCACUUAUGCGAUCACACUGAUCACUAAGUGCCGCAUCAAGGAGAAUCAUCUUUGGAUUUGACUCAAUCUGAUGAUGCUCACCAUUGGAUAUAUUUUUUCAGUAACAUGGUUUAGUUAAUUUAGACCGUAAUCCAACAUGGAAAUUUCCCCUUUUCAUUUGUUUUUCCCCAAGAAUUGUGAUACUGAUGAGUCAGAGGAACAUCCUUUUUUUCUGAAUAAUUUGCCUGUCUGUUGAUGCAUUUUAAGCCAAAUUUGGCUGAGGAAGGUGCCUGGUGUUGCAAGCAUGUGAUAUCUGAACAAUUCCAGAUGGGGUAUGAUUCAUGUAGAGGCUGAAUGUGUUUGAUACUACUACAUAUUUGCUUACCUAAAUGGUAUACACAUUAAUAAUGUUUCUGGCUUUUUGCACACUAAA